AUGGAAGUUGGUGAUGUCCAAGCUUGGGUCUUGUUCCACUCUACUUCAUUCUUAGUACUUCUCCUUCAGACCACCAUCGUUGCUGAAACUCAAUCAUCACGUGACGAUGAUCAAUUCAUUUCAAUGAACUAUCUUUUGUCUACUAGCUGGAUGUCUGCUUGGCUUACAAUCCAUCAUAUCUAUAAUCUAGAGGUUAUUCUCAUUCAAUUCAAUUACAAAUAUUCAAAAAUGAACAUAUUAUGUACAGAUACAACAACAACUUUAACACCAUCAUUUCUAACAAUAUUUAGAAUAACAAUUAUUAGAACCAAUGUAUUUAAAAAGAUUGAAGAGAUAUCAAAACAAAAGGAAUCAAUUAAAAAAAAGGAAGAUCAAGAUAAUUAUGUAUUCCUUCCAAGCGAGUUUACUUAUUUAAAAGGAAAGGAUAUUGUCAAGUUACCACAUCUUGGUAUGAUUAGUGUUUAUGCAAUGCCAUGGGACUUUAUCAAACAUUAUCUACCACCGAUGGAAAGUGUGUUGGCCACUAGAAGAAUGUAUGCAAUCACUCAAUACUGUUCACAUAAAAAGUCGUCAUUGGAAACACUCAAAAAUCUAUUGGAAUGGUCACCAGAUUAUAAAGAUUCAAUUAUGGUUCAUAAUAUGUUAUGUGAUCCUGAAACCUCACAAUCCAAGAUUAUGAAAUGUAUUACAAGUGCUCAGAAUGUAGAUAUUUUAGAGUACAUGUUGGAGAGAUUCCCAGGAAUCAGUUUACAAGGUUCAUUGGAUCAUGCUAUUACCAGUACUGGUUGUAAUAUAGACUUUUUAAAGGUAUUGCAUAAUAAGGGUGCUACAUGCACUCAAGAUGCUAUGGACAAUGCUGCAAGUUAUGGAUAUUUGGAUGCAAUCAUUUUCUUGAAUGAAAAUAGAACCGAAGGAUGUAGUACUAAUGCAAUACAUCUAGCUGCCUACCAUGGUUUUUUAGAUGUUGUCAAGUAUCUUCAUUUUAAUAGAACUGAAGGAUGUAUGACUAAAACUAUGAAUUGGGCAGCUAUUAAUGACCAUUUUGAAAUUGUCAAGUUUCUUCAUUUCAAUAGAACAGAGGGGUGCACUUUCGAUGCUAUGGAUGGAGCUGCUGAAUCUGGUAAUUUGGAUAUGUUAAAGUUUUUCCAUGAGAAUAGAUCAGAGGGAUGUUCGGAAUAUGCUAUGACAUCAGCCAGUCGACAAAAUCAUUUCAAUAUUGUAAAAUGGUUACAUGAAAACAGAACCGAAGAAUGCACUCAUGAUGCGAUGGAUUUAUCGUCGUCAUUAGAGAUCACUACUUUUCUUCAUUCCAAUAGAACUGAAGGUGCAACUACUCGUGCUGUAGUUUGGGCUGCUGGAAAUGGAAAUAUUGAUAUUUUAAAGUUUUUGAAUGAAAAAAGAACAGAGGGAGGAUCACCAUCAGCUAUCGAUAUGGCAGUAUCAAAAAAUCAAAGUUUAGAGGUUAUCCAGUUUUUACAUGAUACAUUUAAACAAGGAUGUACAAUAACUGCAGUUGAAUGUGCAAUCGAAAAGGAUAGAUUGGAUAUAAUACAAUUUCUACACCAAAAUUACCCAAGCAACUCUGAUAUUUGGACAUUUGAAGCAAUGGAAAUUGCCGCGCAAUAUGGGUGUUUAGAAAUCCUCAAAUUCCUUCACAGUCACCGUACCGAGGGAUGCACAACCGAGGCUAUGGAUUUAGCUUCUCGCCAUGGUCAUUUGGAAGUGGUCAAGUUUUUACAUUUUAAUCGUAGUGAAGGAUGCACAACCGGUGCUAUAGACUGUGCCGCUCAAAGAGGAUAUUUGGAAAUAGUAGAGUUUCUUCAUAAACACAGAACUGAAGGUUGCACUCCAGAUGCUAUGUGGAUCAAUGGAUCACUGCCACAACACGUUCAAGCCACUCAAUUCCUAAUUGAUAACAAUAUUGUCACAAAGAAUCACAUUACAACUGACUUUAUUUCCCAUCUCUCUGAUAAUUACUAUUAUGAGGUUUUGGAUAUAAUCAAUCGUUUAUAA